CUCAAGACGACUUCUCUCGGUUCUUGCAGGACUUUUUCCUCUGUCUGUUUCUUAGAACUCCACUUAGUGUUGUAGAGAAUUUUAAAGGAGUUUAUAUCCCCACAUGCCCAACACCCAAACUUUUUUGAGCCUUUUUGCUAAAGAGCCUUGUGAGAAGCUUUCAUGUGCUGGACCCACUUCACACAAAGAGUGAUAGGCUUUGAUUGACAGCUAAAACCAUGGCAACAGGGAGGGACGUGGAGAUGCUUGAGAGUCGGCUGAGCAUAGAGGACUUCAUCAAGAUGCAGAAGCUGUUUCAGUCGUGCAGUGGCUCUGGUGAUUCAACGCCAAUGCAUAGGGAAGAUUUUGUAGAACAGUUCCACUCCGUGAUUGGCCGUGGCUCUCGAGAGGAAUACGAGUGUUUAUUUGACAAUGUGGACGUUUCCAGGGAGGGCUGGGUGGACUGGCAUCGCCUCGCAUCUUACCUUCUUCUGGGACUUUCAGAGAGACAAGAGCAAGCUACCAUGUCUGCAGUGCCACGUUGGUGCUCGCCUCGCCUUCUACAUGUCCCUCACAGAGAGCAAAUCCAAAGUCUGGUUCACCUGAGCACUGGCUGCUACUUGAGUGUGAGUAAAGAGGGCAUGAUGGCGAUGUGGACUGAUCAUCUAACACUUCUCAAGAAACACAAGCUCCACAAUGAUUCAGUCAAACCCAAAGAUCUCUGGGUUACGGGUUUGGUGGUGCUGCCUAACGUCCACAAAAUCGCUGUUUCCUUCACCAGUAAGGAGAUAUGCUUUUAUGAUCUGCUCUCAAAACAAGAGUUCAGCUGUCAAUAUAAAAUUCAUAGCCUGCGACACACUCCCAUCUGCCUACAUUAUUGGUACGAUCCUGCGAGACCUGAAAAUGCCGUCCUCAGCUUUGGAGAUGUGGCAGGACAGGUGAGUGCUAUAUGUUUUAGGUCGGCGGGGAUCUCUCUGUUCGAGAGGCCAAGUGCCGAUGUGGAACAAAACGCUGCCAUCAAUAUCAAGUGGAGCGAGUUACAGCAGAACCGCCAUCGCUGCUGUUACACUGUCACACACAAUGCACAUGCUGCACACUGGGUCAGAUGCGUACGUUUCCUUGGCACCCUGGAAGCCUUUGUCUCCUGCAGUGGUUCUGCUCAGAACAGCAUGGUGCUGGCAUGGAAAGAAACCGAGGCCCGCCCUCUCAGAAUCGCAGCUUUUAACAUAGAAAGAGGAAUUAUGGAUCUGGACUAUCACCCAGGACUAAACCUCAUUGCUACUGCAGGUCUGAAUAACCAAGUGUGCCUCUGGAACCCUUACCUGGUUUCUAAGCCUGCUGGCAUCCUUCAAGGUCAUGUUACUAGUGUUGUGGCAGUUCAAUUCAUGAUAAGCAAAAAACAGCUGAUUAGCUUUUCUAAAGACAAGGUCUUAAGGGUGUGGGAUGUGUCCACUCAUCUGUGUGUCCAGCAUGUGGCAGGACUCUUCCCUAAAACUCCUGAGUGUAAAAUACUCCUUUUCUUCCACGAGGAGCGAUCACGCCUCUUCCUUUCCUUUAACAGCUCUCUGUUCUUCCUUGAGGCACAGAAGGAGGAUAGAAAGAGCGUGAUGAGUCAUGAGAGCGCAGUCACCUGUGUCCUCUAUAACUCUCUCUUUAGACAGGUUAUCAGCAGUGACGCAAACUCUAGUGUGAAGAUUUGGCUCAUGGACACUGGACAGAAGGUCAAGCACUUUCCCCGUUGCCAUGACGAUGCUGAGAUCACCACCAUGGCACUGGAUGCGACUCAGACUAGACUCUUCACUGCCGGCACGGAUGGAGCAGUAAAGGUUUGGGAUUUCAAUGGCCACUGUCACCACAGACUGAACUCAUGCCGGGACCUGGCAGUGGAAAUUUCGCAGAUUCUGGUGCUGAAGAGGACAGUGCUAGUGCUUGGUUGGGACAGGGUCAUCACCGUGUACAGGAUGAAUUCGUUCUCUCGAUUUUUUGUACAUCCUUCAGAGUGGAAAGGCGGCGUUCAACAUCGAGAGCGCAUUUCGAGUGCAGCUUUUCAACCACCUCAGACCUUGGUCACUGGUGGUAGUGAUGGCGAGAUUAUAGUCUGGAACAACAGCACUGAAAAUGUGAUACGCAAACUAAACAAAAACACGCAACACCAAGAUUACAAGGUUAACACAGACAGCACUUUACUUAGUACUCCCAGUAAUAAACAACUUACAGCAAAUUCCUGUGAAGAAAACUCAGAGCGUUACGCUGUGACCAGACUAGCCUUUCUGGAAGGACGAAAAGGAGUUGCAGCAACAGGUGGAGCUGAUCUGGUGUUAUGUGGAGGUUCGGGCAUUAUUUGUUUCUGGAAUACAGCAAAUGCAAAUUUAGUUGGCAAGUUUGUGGCUCAUGAAGGCUCAAGCGCCAUCAUAAUGACUGUGGAUGGCAGUGGUUGUUAUCUGAUCACAGCAGAUAUGGGUGGUAUGCUGAAGGUGUGGGAUAUCCAGGAAUAUUGUCUUCAACCAUCUGAGACUGUAAUCAAUCAGGCACCAAAGAUGUUAUCGAGCUUCCAACCUCAUGUUGACUCCAUCACUCACUUGGAAACAUGUGUCCACACUGGCCGCCUCUUUCUCCUCAGCGCCUCGGCCGAUUGCAGUUUGGCUCUGAGCUUUCUGCCUGGUGGAACUAUAGGGAUAUUCGGACAGGAAUUGCACUGGAACCUGGUGGGACUCAGUGAAGUGUUUGUGAAGAGAGAGCAGAAAGUGAGCACAAAGGUUACCACAGAGAGUGGGACAGAAGCAGAGCUGCAGGAUACACAGCCUGAACAGAGCUCCCAACAUGCCGAGAGAUCAGAGUGCAAUACUCAGACUGGGGAGGAGAAAGAUUACACACUACAAUUUAAAAGCCUUGAAGUUGAAAGCACAGGAGGGAGCUCCAGAAAAAUCCUCAGAGCUUUGAGGCAGCAGAAUGCAAGCACACAGUAUCAAAAUGCUAAUGCUGCCUGUAAAUCCUCUACUGGGAUGCUCAGCAAACUCAGAGUGGAAGAACUGGUCUCACUGGAGGAGCUAAGCAAACCUGACUUCAUCAUUAAUCCGCAUUUAUAUUUUGGGAAAAUGCAGGAUUCAUCCUCUCCAACUCCUCCACCUCUUCCUGUCAUUGAAGAAAAUUUAAAAGCACCGUUCAAUGAAAAGAGUUUGUUUCCCAAAGAAUUGCUGGAGCAGGUGGACAAACCACAGCAUUUUACACAGAAGGCUGCCAUGAUGAGAAACUAUGGGAGAGCCAUCAAGAGCAUGGGGUGUGUUUCACAUUCUUUUUAUUCGUUCAGACAAGGAGCACAUUUGUAAUGUUAGGAAAAACAACAGGUAGCAUGCAAAUGCAAUAUCCUUAGCAUCAAGAUUCAUUUGCAGAGAUUCCAUUAACAAGAAAUUGUUAGCAGACAGGAGGUAGGAAAAAAAAUAUUUUACUGCCAAAACACAGGAACAAACUAUAUAAAGUGUAUAUUCAUGCUUUAUAUAGUUGUUACAAAAUUAACAUAAGUGCAAGUCUGCCCAUGUCUAUUUCACAACUACGCUAAAGAUAAACUGAUCAUGUGAUACUCUUAUUGCAAAUGUCAACAACAGAUUUCUGGCAGGUGUGAUUUUGGAGAUGAAGUAAGACUUAUGGCAACUUGCUGAUUUGUCUAAUUUUGAUAUGUGUGUAAAGCAACAGCAUGAAAAUAGCAAGCUAAAAGCAAUGUGUGACUUCUACUUGCUUAUCAGCUCCUCCAUUUUUAAGUUCUCCUUUUUCUUUUUGACUGGCAAACAACACCAGGGUUAUUCAGAGUUCCUAUAGAUGAGCAAAAAGUAAUAAAAUAAUUUUUUAAAGGUGUCCAAAAUCAUAAAUGCAACAGCUUUUUUUCAUGUUAGCAUCUUAGAAUCGUACAAUUUUACAAUAAUUGAAUGUCUAUGUACCUCCCCAAUACAUGUGUAAGUGAGCGAUAAGACUGCAUUGCCAUAUGCCAUUUAAUUAUUAAACAUUUUUCAGUGUAAUAUUUCAUAUUUAAGGGUAAAAUGAUAACCAAAACAUUUUCUGCUAACAAUUGUUCAUUACUGUUAACUAUCCAAUUUUGUGAAUAAAUUAAUUUCAAAUCAAUUGAUAAUU